AUGACGGCUCAGCACGAAGCCCUCCACAGAGCAGACAGGCAGGAUACAGGCACCAUGCGGCCGGUGCGGCGGAACUUCUACGACCCGUCGUCGGCGCCGGGCAAGGGCAUCGUGUGGGAGUGGGAGAACGACGGCGGCGCGUGGACGGCCUACGACAUGGACAUCUGCAUCACCAUCCAGAACGCCUACGAGAAGCAGCACCCGUGGCUCGACCUCUCGUCGCUCGGCUUCUGCUACCUCAUCUACUUCAACAGCAUGUCGCAGAUGAACCGCCAGACGCGCCGGCGCCGCCGCCUGCGCCGCCGCCUGGACCUCGCCUACCCGCUCACCGUCGGCUCCAUCCCCAAGUCGCAGUCGUGGCCCGUGGGCGCCAGCUCGGGCCAGCCCUGCUCGUGCCAGCAGUGCCUGCUGGUCAACAGCACGCGCGCCGCUUCCAACGCCAUCUUGGCUUCGCAGCGCCGCAAGGCGCCCCCCGCGCCCCCGCCGCCCCAGCCGCCGCCCGGAGGACCAGCCGGCACGCUCGCCGUGCGCCCCAGCGCCACCUUCGCAGGCGCCGCGCUCUGGGCCGCGCCCGCCGCCGGCCCCGCCGAGCCCGCGCAGCCCCCCGGCGCGUCCCCGCGGAGCCCGAGCGCCCCCAGCGGCGCGCCCACCCCGGGGCAGAACAACCUCAACCGGCCCGGGCCCCAGCGCGCCACCAGCGUGAGCGCACGCGCCUCCAUCCCGCCGGGGGUCCCUGCGCUCCCGGUGAAGAACUUGAAUGGUACGGGGCCAGUCCACCCGGCCCUGGCAGGGAUGACCGGGAUCCUGCUCUGCGCUGCGGGGCUGCCCGUGUGCCUGACGCGGGCCCCCAAGCCCAUCCUGCACCCACCGCCCGUGAGCAAGAGUGACGUCAAGCCCGUGCCAGGCGUGCCCGGGGUGUGCCGCAAGACCAAGAAGAAGCACCUCAAGAAGAGUAAGAACCCUGAGGAUGUGGUUCGAAGGUACAUGCAGAAGGUGAAGAACCCACCUGAUGAGGUGAGCCCCUAG